AUGGUCACUACAAGUGAUCAAAAGGAUGAAGACGAGCAAAGCAACCUCUCCCAACAACCUGAAAACAACUCAACAGAGGAGGAGGAUAGAGAUCACCAAGAACCAGAAAUCUCACAACAAGAGUUGCUGAAGCUCUAUGCACCAUUUCCCCAACUGCUCAAUGGUGCUGUGGGAAAGAGAAUAUACUCAAGGUUCCUAGACUUGUUUACAUCUCUGCAUGUGAACAUACCAUUCGUCAAGGCCAUACAACAAAUGCUUGCAUUCAUUAAGUAUAUGAAGGAACUUCAUCCCAGGAAAAGCUCACACAAAGGAGGCCAAACUAUAGUGUUAAACAAGGAAUGUAGUGCCCUUAUUCAACCUGAAUUGCCUGCAAAAAGAAGAGACCCAGGGAGUUUUCACAUCACUUGUGCCAUAGGGGAAACAAUGUUUGAUAAAGCACUCUGUGAUUUAGGGGCAAGCAUCAACUUACUGCCCCUAUCCCUGGCGAAGAGGCUGCAGAUCAAUGAGAUAAUGCCCACAGAUGUGGUCAUCAGACUGGCUGACAAGACUCGAAAGCAAGCAAUAGGAGUGGUGGAAAAUGUGUUACUAAAGGUUGGGAAAUACUUUCUCCCAACAGACUUUGUCAUUCUGGACAUGGAAGAGAGUCACACUCACCCAAUCAUAUUGGGGAGACCCUUCCUAGCUACGGCCAAAGCACUCAUAGAUGUGGAAAAAGGGGAGCUAAUAUUGAGGAUCCAUGAUGAGCGACUCAGCUUUAAUGUCUUCAAACUCUCACAAGAAGUAGACCAAGAGCACAAGGAACCAAGCAAAGAUCAUAAUGAGAUGCUGAAGGAGGAAGCAAGCAUUGAAGCACACCCUAUUCCACAUCUGUGCGUACGUAUAGGUACCAAUGCAUGCUUCCAUUAA